AUGACCAUGGAGCCCGCGACCGAGAUCAGUCCCGUUCUGCACGAGAAGCUUGGCGACGUAUUGAACAGAUACGACGCGUUGGAAGCCAUUCUCGUGUGCACGUCCGAAGGCGUCCCGCUCCUCAAAGUGGCUGCGGACGAAUCGUCCGAGCUGACGCGCGAGUACACGGAGACGGUGCUUCCCACAGUCUUUGCUGGGGCAGCAGAGCAGGUUGGGAAGCUCAAGUUUGGGGCCGUGCAGAGCGUCACGGCCUUCUUCGACGACGUCGUGCUGAUCCACGUCAACUACGUGCCGCUGGUGAUCACGCUCGUGGCAGCAAACUCGCCGCAGAUUGGAGCGCUCCACGCCCUGGCAGGUGAACUGCGCUCGGCACUCACGCCACUGAAACGGUGCGUGGAAAGCGCGGACGUACAUUGA